GGGAGAGCGGGGAGGCGGGACGAGGCAGGGGGCGGGCCCGCGCCCGCGCCCGGGAGAGAAAGCGAAAGCCGCCCGCGGGCGGGGAGACCAGCGAUCGGCGCCGGGAGCGGCAUGGCUAAGCCGUGUGGGGUCCGCGUGAGCGGGGAAGCCCGUCAGCAGGUGGAUAUCUUCAGACACAAUCUUUUCCAGGAGGCUGAAGAAUUCCUCCACAGAUUCUUGCCACAGAAAAUCAUUUACCUGAAUCAGCUCUUGCAAGAGGACUCUCUCAAUGUGGCCGACCUCACCUCCCUCCGAGCCUCGCUGGACAUCCCUAUCCCAGACCCUCCACCGAAAGAGGACGAGAUGGAAACAGAUAAGCAGGAGAAGAGAGAAGUCCCUAAGUGUGGCUUUCUCCCUGGGAAUGAGAAGGUCUUGGCCCUGCUUGCUGUGGUGAAGCCAGAAGUGUGGACUCUCAAGGAAAAGUGCAUUCUGGUGAUCACAUGGAUCCAACAUCUGAUCCCAAAGAUUGAGGAUGGAAAUGAUUUUGGGGUGGCGAUACAGGAGAAAGUACUGGAAAGAGUGAAUGCUGUCAAGACCAAAGUGGAAGCCUUUCAGACAACCAUUUCCAAAUACUUCUCAGAACGCGGAGAUGCUGUUGCUAAGGCCUCUAAGGAGACCCAUGUAAUGGAUUACCGGGCUUUGGUGCAUGAACGGGAUGAAGCAGCCUACAGGGAGCUCAGGAACAUUGUGCUGAACAUGAGGGCCUUCUAUGCCGAGCUUUAUCAUAUAAUCAGUAGCAACCUGGAGAAAAUUGUCAACCCAAAGGGUGAAGAAAAGCCAUCUAUGUACUGAGUUCAAGACAAGAA